ACAGCAUGCUGGACUACUGGCGGACUGCCUGUUUCCUCGACUGUGACGACGUCACUGUUUGUGCUAUUCCAGGAAAAAUGGCGGAGGCAGCAGCGGUCCCCCCGCAUCGGUUCUUCUGUCACUGUUGUAAGGGCGAAGUGAACCCUAAACUCCCGGAAUACAUCUGUCCACGAUGUGACUCAGGGUUUAUUGAAGAAGUCACAGAAGAUUCCAGUUUUCUAGAAAACGGUGCCAAUGGCUUAGAUGACACGGCCACACAGUUUGCAGAGCUCUGGCGCCUGCUGUUUGUGGACCGGCCGUUCACGGUGGACUUCGACAGCCCGGACUCGGAGCCGCGGGUGCCGGGCGCGGGCAGUGGAGUCGGGUUGGGUCUGGGCGGUGGGGGCAGCUUCGGGGGCUCGGUGCCGGGCGGUCUCGGGGGAGCCCUGGGGAGCCCGCUGGGGGCAGGGGGCGAGCACUGGGGUCUCAGCCGCCCCCCACGCGUACACACCCAGAGACGAUAUCGCUCCAGAGGAACCAGCCGGCCAGACCGCUCGCCCGCCGUGGAGGGGAUAGUGCAGCAGUUUCUUGCUGGCCUGUUUGCAAACUCAGGGGUGUCGGGCUCCCAGCCUCUGCCAUGGAUGUUGCACUCGAACCCUGGAGAUUAUGCCUGGGGACAGGGAGGACUGGAUGCAGUCAUCACACAGUUACUGGGCCAGUUUGAGAACACAGGGCCCCCUCCAGCAGAGAAAGAGAAGAUCUCGUCCCUCCCCACAGUCAUCAUCUCUCAGGAACAGGCCGACUCUAGUAUGGAGUGCCCGGUGUGUAAGGAGGACUACAGUGUUGGGGAGCCCGUUAGGCAACUACCCUGUAACCACUUCUUCCACUCAGACUGCAUCGUGCCCUGGCUGGAACUGCACGACACGUGUCCGGUGUGUAGGAAGUCCCUGAGUGGUGAAGACAGCUGCGCUCACACGCCCACAGACCCGUCACCUCACAACACACAGGAGAGAUGGUCCUUCUGAACGUGCACACACACACACACACUGACCCCAACACAAAGGAGAGAAGUCUUUCUAAAGACGUGCAUACACACAGUUACCGUCAACAACGGAUAAAACACACGCACCCACACACACAAACGCAUAAAACAUACAUCUUCCCAGUUUUUCUGAAUAACUUUCCUACACACACAUGCACACAGGAGAGAUUGCCUUUCUGAAUAAAACACACACACACUUAACCUCCAUCUUUGGAUAUCCCUCAAAUAGGAAACCGGCUCUUCGAAAACAAUCACAUACAAGUACGCAGUACACACGCACGCACACACCCAUACAUGCCCACAUACACACCCUCUCUCAUGUUGACUGUCUGCCUGUUUGGAUGUUUGCACCAGCCUCUCCAUCCAUCAGUGUGUACAUACUGCUCUCUCUCUCUCUCUCUCUCUCUCUCUCUCUCUCUCUCUCUCUCUCUCUCUCUCUCUCUCUCUCUCUCUCUCUCUCUCUCCCUCUCUCUCUCUCAGCAAUGAUCUCUAUCCCUCGAAAAUGACCAGUCUCUAAUCCUCCAUUUUUCAGUGAGCCCCACACAUGAUCUCUGACUGUAUUAUACCUUUCUUCCGUUGGUCCCUGCUGCCCCACCCUACCCCAAUAUGUGUGUGUGUGUGUGUGUGUGUGUGUGUGUGUGUCUCUCUAUCUCUUCUCUCCCCCUCGUCUGUGUGUGCCUCAAUCCCCUCCUGCGUUAUCUUGCGACUGAGCAGCCAACCACCCCAUUAGGCACAGUAGGCCAGUGUGAAUGAGCCCUUACCCGGCCUGACUGGCAAGGUGUGUACCCAGCUAGCGUUAGCCAGCUAGCUAGCCCUGGACCAAAGUCGGCUGCUGUGUGUGUGCGUUUGUGUCACUGGGUGCAGCCACUUUUUCUGUGGUUGCUACAUGCAGAGAAUCACACUCACAGACAAUUCACCAUUUCUCUUCUCUUUAAUUUCUACCUCCCUCUCUCCUCUUUUUCAUCGCUUGCCGUCUCUUGCUCUCGUUAAGGGAUGCAGAGAUGAAUAACCUCAGUGUUUUGAGUUCUUGCCUUUCGCAACCACCACUCUGCCUUUCUCCCUCUCCUCAAUCCAUCCAUCCUUCCCUCCCUCUCUUGCUCACUCGUUUUUCUGACCUGCCUUGUUUUAUCUAUCCAUCUGUGUGCGUCUCUCUCUCUCUCUCUCUCUCCUCUUCCACUCACUGGCAAUAGAGAUUGUUCCUGAACCUCACCUCCUACCCCCCUUUCACCACUUGACCUGGAUCAGUUGUGUUGUCAUGCUAGUAACCGCGGCGACAUGGAGAGGAGCAGGUCUGACUGACCUGGGGUCAGCAUGUCAGUCAGGCAGGCGAAACACUGCACACAGUUGCCACGGUGAAGGAACCCGCUCUCUCUACUCUCUCUGGAGAUGUGUAUAGUUGACCUUUUUUUCUCUCUAUCCCCUCUCUCUCGCUCUCUCUCUCUCUUCCUCCUUUUAAACGAUUUUUUAAUGGUGAUGCUGUAGAAACAGAUGUCUGAGUUUAAGUGAAUAUCUGAGUUUCUCGUCUCAUGUUCUUCAUUUGCACUGCCACUCUCGCCUCAUUCCUCAUGCCUCAUGCCACCCCCUCACCCCUCGACCCUCUCGGUGUAAAUAUCACUCAUCACCCCCGCCAUAGUCACCCUUCGUUCUCAUCUCUAUCACUCUAUUUUUUUAAUGUAAAUAAUUCUAGUUCAACAACCUCUCUGGACGAAAGACAGAAUGGAACAAAGCAUUGAUUAUGGCAAAAAAAAGAGACAAAACAACCAUGAAGCCCUGAAUUGAAAAAAAGUAUAUAUAUAUUAUAUAUAUGAUGUGUAUGAUGUAAAAUUCUAAAAUAAAAUUCAAUAAAAACCAUAAAAAGUU